GGAGCCAGUCAUUUGCCCUGCAUCCUGACGCAGAGAUCAGUCUGCCUCAUCUACCCGGGGCUUCUAGAAGCUCUGGGAAGCUCACCUGCCCUUAACUCCGAGGGGGCUACCCGGGAGACCCCUGGACUGCGCAGCCCUAGGCCACGAUCUUCUGACUCUCUGGCUUCAGGGCUCCGCGGUGGCAUCUGCAGUGGGCUCUGCAGCCUGCAGGCGGUACUCCCCGUCACCCCCACCACUGCGGCAGCGCUUUCAGAGGAGGAGAGAGUCAGCAGGUGACUGGGGGCUUCUCUGGGGCUGGACCCCAGAAUUACCUCUGGCCAGCGCCCUGGGCUGCCUCAGCAGAGACUGCAACAGUCUGCGCCCCUUUCCUCUCGCGCCUGCUCCCCCCACCCCCACCCAGGUCUGGGAGAUGGCGCUGACGCUGCUGCGGGACUGGUGCACCUGGCUGGGCGUGGAUUCACAACGCUCGGUGCUAGUCGUGGGCAUCCCUCUGGACUGCAAUGUGGAAGAAAUCCAUGUGAUCCUGCAGGAUUCCCUGUGGCCCCUGGGCAGGUACCGAGUGCUGGGCAAUGUCUUCAGAAAGGAGGUACACUGCAAGGUCGCCUUGGUUGAGUUUUAUGACAAUAUAACCCGAAAAAUGAUCCCCCGACAAAUACCAGGCAAGCAUCGAGAGGCAUGGGUUUUGCUCUUCCUACCUCAGGCCUUUGACUUUGAUUCAGAGGAUAGACCUGAUUUCCCUGCACAGCCCCAGAGGCGAGAGGUGGCUGGCCUGGCUGGUGAGGCAAGAGCCCCACAGAGGCUUGGAGGUGCAGGUGAAGCAGGAGCCCUAGGUGAGGAGGGAGCUGCAGAUGAGGCAGAAGCUGCAGAUGAGGCAGGAGCUGCAGAUGAGGCUGAGGCAGGAGCUGCAGAUGAGGCAGGAGCUGCAGAUGAGGCAGAAGCUGCAGGUGUGGCAGGAGCUGAAGAUAUGGUGCGAGUUCCAGGUGAGGCAGGAUUGGCAGGGGAAGCAAGGGCUCCGGGUGGGGCAAGUUCUCCAGAUAGGAAAGGAUCUGCAAAUGAGGCAGGGGCCUCAGGGGAGAAGGAAGUUGCAGGAGAGGAAGGAGCUGCAGCUGUGGCCUCAGUUGAAGAUGUGGCAGAAGCUCCAGAUGAGAAAGAAGCUACAGGCAAGGCAGGAGCUGCAGGUGAGGCAGGAGCUGCAGGUGAGGUAGGAGCUACAGGUGAGCAGGAAGCUGAAGGAGAGGCAAAGCCAGCAGAUGAGGCAGAGGCUGAAGAUGUGUUAGAAGCUCCAGGUGAAGAAUUAGCUGCAGCUGAGGCAGAAGGUGCAGCUGAGGCAGGAGGUGCAGCCGAGGCAGGAGGUGCAGCCGAAGCAGGAGGUGCAGCCAAGGCAGGAGGUGCAGCCGAAGCAGCAGGUGCAGCCGAGGCAGGAGGUGCAGCCGAAGCAGGAGGUGCAGCCGAGGCAGGAGGUGCAGCCGAGGCAGGAGGUGCAGCCGAGGCAGGAGGUGCAGCCGAAGCAGCAGGUGCAGCCGAGGCAGGAGGUGCAGCCGAGGCAGGAGGUGCAGCCGAGGCAGGAGGUGCAGCCGAGGCAGGAGGUGCAGCCGAGGCAGGAGGUGCAGCCGAAGCAGCAGGUGCAGCCGAGGCAGGAGGUGCAGCCGAGGCAGGAGGUGCAGCCGAGGCAGGAGGUGCAGCCGAGGCAGGAGGUGCAGCUGAGGCAGGAGGUGCAGCCGAAGCAGCAGGUGCAGCCGAGGCAGGAGGUGCAGCCGAAGCAGCAGGUGCAGCCGAGGCAGGAGGUGUAGCCGAGGCACGAGAUGCAUCCGAGGAUGCCUGGAUCGACCAAUGGAAUCAGGCCGUGAAGCCUGUGCUGGAAAAUCUAGCCUACCUGCAACUGAAAGAUUGUCCUGACAACAAACAGCCAAGCUACGUGCAGGUGAACUUUGAGAACUGGCACGACGAGGCCAACGACAUGAUGUACCUGUGGCGCCACAUAUCGGAAAGGGAGCAGCGGCGGCGGCUGGUGGAGAGCCUGCACGGCCCCGUACAGAAUUUCAUAGAAGCCUUCAUGAAUGAAAGACCUAAGCUCACUGCUCACGAAUACCUGGCAGCCGUAAAUCUUGCAUUUAAAAACAGGAUACCCGGGACAAUUCUGAGGCUGAAGUUUGUGACUUGUGUCCAGCAGCCCGAGGAGACUCUCUUUGAUUUUGCGAUUCGCCUGGAAGACUUGUUGCACACAGCCAUGGACAAGGAGGGCAUCCACCCAGGCUUGGUGGAUGAGGCACGGGUCCAUCAGCUGCUGAUGGAGGGCCGCCUCAGUAAGGAGCUCCAGAGCAAGCUGCAGAGGAUGCAAGUGGAGAAUAAACCACCUAGCUUCUUGGAGCUGCUUCGGCUCAUUCGGCUGUCAGAGGCAUGCGAGGCCACUCCGACUAUGAGUCAGCAGUUUCAAGUGGAAGAACCCGUCCGGGUGGACGUUAGAGAACUGGUUAAUGCCAAGGCCACCCUAACCCAUAAAGGUGCUGCCCAGGCUGCCCCAGCCCAUGAAGAUGUUGGCCAGGUCGCCCCAGCCCAUGAAGAUAGAGCCCAGACCGCUACAAGCCAUGAAGAUGCAGCCCAGACCGCCACAACCCACGAAGAUGCUGUCCAGGCCUCUCCAGCCCAUGAAAAUGUUGGCCAGGCCGCCCCAGCCAAUGAAGAUGCAGCUCAGGAUGCUCUAGCCAAUGAAGAUGUUGGCCAGGCCCCCACAGCCAAUGAAGAUGCAGCCCAGGCUGCCCUUUCCAAGGAAGAUAGUGCCGAGGCCACUCUGGCCAAGGAAGUGGACAUUGAGGCGGGUCCUGCCACUGCCAAUCCUGAUGAGGCUGCUCCUGAAACCAGUGAUGCCACUGGGGCAGACCCUGCCCCUGAGCACACCACCAAGACCUCCCCUACCAUUCAGGGAGAUGAGAAUGCUCUGGCUCCUGCAGGUCUAGAUCAGGCAGGGCCCUCCCUUGCCCACAUGGGCAUUGCUUUGGGGGUGGGCUCAGGUGGUCCUGGCUGUGACUCAGAGGGCCUGCUCCAGGAAAAAGAGGAGGAGGCCAAGGAGCCCCAUGAGGAGGGGCUCAUUCUCUUACCGGAGGAGUCAAGAAGUGAGGAUGGGUCUGGGGAGAUGAUUCCCUCUGAGCCCUCCUUCGAGUAAGCGUGGAGGGCCCGGUGGCCUCCUGUUCUCUGGGGCAGCAGAGCCCUGGAGGCAGGGGAAGGCCACCUCACCCCUCAUGGGGAGCAAGGCCCAGGGAAGGGUCUGCGUUGUCCCCUGGCCCCCCACUACUCCCAAGGGGCCCUGAUCACCUCCAUCAGCCCUCCAAGUCACCAAGAUAACCAUGUUUGACACCCAAUGGGAUGGGGAGAGGUGCCCACACAAGGGAGCGCCACGCCUGGCCUCAGCCCCUGCCCAGCCUCUGCCAACUUGGGCAGCUGGCCUGGGAGCACCGCUGAGCAGCCCAUCUCAGCCUAGGAGAGGGGCACCUGAAGACAUCUGCCACCCGCGUGGAACUGGGAGACUUUAGAGCCCAUCUCGGGUGCCACUCUUGGGGACCCCCAUCCUCCAUCCCCUGGGGGGCCCCAACUCAUUUCUCUAUAGCCCCAUAGGGACCCACGUGCCAAGUAAUCAUCCUCCCACCAGCCCACAAACAGACCAUGAGUCUGUGCAGUACCACUUGGUGUGUGUGAACCCAGGUGGGUGUCCUGGCCUCUCCCCCGACCCUGCCCGGGGCAGCCACCUCUCAGCCCCGGCACAUGCUGUGAGCCCCACUGCCAGCCACGGCUCUGCCAGCUCUCGUCCAGUGUCGUGAGCUCAGCCUCUGCUUUCUCAGUAUACAUUUAGGCCAACUGCUGCUUGUGCUUGUGAUGUGUGUGUUCUUCUCUGAGCAGUUUUUCCCUCCCCACCGCCAACAUCACCCACCUCGGAGACCCCGAGCCUGAGCCCAGAAGAACGGAGGAGAAGGGCGGACCAGGGCGCGUCUGGCGCUCACCCGGUGACCUGUGGCAGGAAAAAAUGGACCAGGGACAGAAGGCGGCUCCUGGAGGCUCCACGGGGACUGUGCUCUGAUAUGCCACCCUGUUGUUCCCUGUGACUCAGUUUCCUCAGCAUGCUCGAGUGUCCCCUGCUGUUUUCUCCAGUAUCUUGUGUCUGUUCAGUGCAGGCCACAGGGUAGGGCCAGGUCCCAACAUGUCGUCCAGAGCGGAGGGGGCGGGGAGCCCUGCAGUGAGUGGACAUCACCUGUGUCCAUGGUCCUACAAAGUCCAGCCAAAGGGCCCUCAGGGAGGGGGACUAUGGAAGGAGGGCCACAGUGUGGGGGACAUUUAAGGCUCCUCGUUAGGGACCCCAGGAGCAGGGGGUGUGACCUAUGGGCUCUAGUGGCCGUUGAAGUUCCUCUCUGUGUUGUAAUUCCCCUUCUUCAAUGGAUUCAGUAAAUGUUUCUCUUCAAUAAACAUCAUUGAAUGUU